AUGGAAGAGAAAAAGGGUGGAAGUUUAACUCGUGAACAAAAAAAAGUUCUGAUACAAUUUAUAGAAGACCAUCCUGAACUUAAAACAUCAAAGUUUUCAAAAGAUUUUACCUUUAAAAAGGGACAAGCCUUGUGGGAGGAAAUUUCCUCAAUUUUAAAUGCCAUGCCGGGCGCAAACAAGGGAUGGAUAAAAUGGCGUAAGACAUGGCAUGAUAUAAAAAACGCAGUGAAAACCAAAUCUGCAACUAUAAGGAGACACUUGGAUCAAACUGGUGGUGGCCCUCCUAUAAAUGAGGAAAUAACCAAUGAGGAUCAGAAGAUUCUAAACCUAAUAUCCCCAGUAGUUAUAGAGGGUAUGCCUGAAGUAGCUGAAUCGAUGACAGUUUUUACAAUGCCACCAAAGAAGGAAGUUAAGCCUAGCACUUCAUCCUCAUUUGUUCCAGUUGAAGUGGAUGUGAUUGUGUCCAAUCCAAGGGCUCAUAACAGCUAUAAUAGAUGCGACUUUUGCCUUGUUAAGGGAGAAUACUUGGAGAAACGGAUGACUUUCAAUGAUAUUCAUUCAAAUUCAAGAACCGAUUUGUCGUUUUCUACUAAAUCCAUGGAAACAUAUCACAAAGGCGAAUCUCCAAUAGAAAAACUAAGACUGAAAAUGGUAACAAAUUUUCCAGAAUUUAAUGUGGAAAGUGUUGAAAGUAAUGAGUCUGGCGAGUUGCCAGCUGCUCCACAACCGUUGAAAAUUCCACAACAAAACAAUAAACCCAAAGAGACUCCUUCUAAGCAAGACGUGGACGUAAUAUUGACAAACAAGCUGGCAGAUGACAAAAAUAAAACGUUUCUAUGUAAUGGGUGCAAAAAAACUGAAGAUAUCGCAUAUGUAAAUGCAGUGGAAAAUGUGGAAGAGGCAGAAUUAUUGGCCAAUAGGGGUCCCCCUCGACAUUAUGUGCCCCACAAUCCAUUUGAAGAGAGCGACGACCAAUUUGUUCAAAUAUAUAGAUUAACCAAAAAUAGUGUUAAUGAGCUCAUUGACAUAAUUCGGCCUUUUAUGGUAGAGCCGAAUAGGGUGAGUGCCCUUAACAUCGAAAGGAAGGUGGGUGUUGUAGUAUCAACUAUAACUAUAAUGUAG